GUUUUCAAGUUGGUUUAAGGUUCCGCAGUAAGCUAUCGUCUUAAAUCACCGACAAUGGAAUAAGAAUGACUAUGCAAAAGCGAACUCAGCUUCGUGUGCUUUGAAGUGCUGUUGGUUAUAUGGUCUGCACACCAAAACGAUUUAUAUGUUAAGAUUCAUUGGAAGAGCUACGUUUGUAGCGGGGACGACCUCGUCCCGGAGUGGAUGCCCGGGCGUGCAAGGAGAAAUGUUGCGCGCGUGCUUCCUACGUGCGCUCCCGUCGGUGGUGGAGCAGACAGGCCUCACAGCCUUGUCGAUGGGCACCGCGGGCGCAUUGCCAUCCGUCGCGACCAUCAGGUUCCUGUCGGCGAGCGCCGCGCCAACGGCGCGCGACGACCGCCCCAACACCUUGAGGCCAGACACCCAUACUAGCGCAUCCCUUCUCACAACACCGUGGAGCUCGUCGUCGCCUUGGUGGCAGCGGCGGGGGUUGCACACGUCGACGCCCGGUCAGGCGGCGGGCGCAGCAGCGGCCGACGGCCCCGCCGCUCGCGACCCGAGCACGCUCCGCAACUUUGCCAUAAUCGCGCACAUCGACCACGGCAAGACCACGCUGAUGGAUCGGCUGCUGGCGGCGUGCGGUCACGGCAGCGCUGAGGACCGAGCCAUGGACAGCCACAGCCUGGAGAAGGAGCGCGGCAUCACCAUCCUGGCCAAGGUCACCAGCUUCACGUGGGGCGGCUACCACCUGAAUGCGGUGGACACGCCCGGGCACGCCGACUUUGGAGGGGAGGUGGAGCGUGUGCUGGGGCUGGUGGACGGGUGCGUGCUGCUGGUGGACGCGGCGGAGGGGCCCCUGGCGCAGACCAAGUACGUGGUGGGCAAGGCGCUGGCACGGGGGCUGCGGCCCAUCGUGCUGCUCAACAAGGUGGACCGGCCUGCCGCCACGCCGGAGCGCUGCGCCGCCGUGGCCAACUCGCUGCUGGACCUGUUUGUGGCGGCGGGCGCCUCGGACGAGCAACUGGACUUCCCACUGCUGUACGCCUCGGCCAAGCAGGGUUGGGCCAGCCGCACCCUGCCGCCCGGCGGCGCCGCGCCGCCCGGUGACGCCGGCAUGCGGCCGCUGCUGGAGACCAUUGCGGCGCACGUGCCGCCGCCCGCCACCGCCGCCAUGGUGGGGGAGCCGUUCGCCAUGGGGGUCACCUGGAUAGAGCGCGACCCCUAUAUCGGCCGCAUCGCCACAGGCCGUGUGGCCGCCGGCCGUGUCCGCCUGGGCGACAAGGUGCGGGUGCUCAGCCACGAGACGGGCGGCCCGGUGGGCGAGGCCGAGUACAAGGUGACGCGCAUCGGCAAGCGCGCAGGCAUGGCCAAGAUCCAGCUGGAUGAGGCGGUGGCCGGCGACAUCGUGUCCAUUGCCGGAGCAGGCUCUGCCGCUAUUGCCGACACCAUCGCCAACCCCUCCGUGACCACACUGCUGGACCCGGGGCGAGUGGACCCGCCCACACUGGCCAUGGUGUUUGGCCCCAACGACUCCCCGCUAGCGGGCCGGGCGGGCAAGGCGCUCACCGGGCGGGCCAUCGGCGAGCGACUGCAGGCGGAGGCGGAGACCAGCGUGAGCCUGCGCGUGGGCCCGGCGGCGGACGGCAGCGGCUCGGAGCGGUACGAGGUGCAGGCGCGCGGCGAGCUGCAGCUGGGGGUGCUGAUUGAGAGCAUGCGGCGGGAGGGCGCGGAGCUGGCGGUGUCGCCGCCGCAGGUGCUGCUCAGGCGCGGCGAGGGCGGCCAGGUGCUUGAGCCGCUGGAGGAGGUGAUGGUGGAGGUGGCGGACGAGCUGGCGGGCUCGGUGAUUGAGGCGCUGUCGCUGCGUAAGGCGGAGCUGUCAGACAUGACGCCCAUGCCGGGGACAGGCAAGCAGCGGCUCACAUUUGUGGCGCCGUCGCGUGGCCUCAUCGGAUUCAAGAGCGUGUUCGUGAACCUCACGCGCGGCGAGGGCAUCCUAAACCGCGUGUUCCUGCAAUACGCGCCGCACAAGGGACCCAUGGAGGGCGUGCGCAAGGGCGUGAUGGUGUCGGUGGCGGACGGCCGCGCCUCCGCCUACGCGCUGGGCGAGCUGCAGUCGCGCGGGACGUUCUUCGUGACGCCGGGCGCGGACGUGUACGGCGGCAUGAUCGUGGGCGAGCACACGCGCGAGGAGGACCUGGACGUGAACCCGGUCAAGGAGAAGAAGGCCACUAAUGUGCGCUCCGUGCAGAGCGACGACAAGGUGUCGCUGGGGGCGCCGCGGCUGCUGAGCCUGGAGGACGCCAUCGGGUAUGUUGCCCAGGACGAGCUCAUAGAGGUGACCCCUGCGGCGGUGCGGCUGCGCAAGGAGGUCCUGGACGCGGGGGCGCGGCGGACCAAGGCCAAGCGGGCGCAACAGGCGCAGCAGUAGAUGGUGCCAGCUGUUGGUAAUUUGGGUUAUCGGGCAGCACUGCCGGUGAGGUGGUAGCUGCGGUCCGAACUUGGGGCCCUGGGAAGUUAGCGAGGCGCCUGCCCUGAUCAGGCAGAAGUGCCUCCUUGUCUGCCCAUCUGUAGCGCCUCCCCGACUGCCAGUACGGCAUUGUGUCGGUUCACGGACCGUCGGGAGGUCUUAAGCCCCGACCAAGCGUGUUGCUGUCAACUACACAUGCGCAUUAUAUACCCAGACUACCGAAGGUGCCAGGCAGCGUAGCUGCAUCGUGUGUAACGCACCCGCUAG